AUGACAACAGUAACCAUCCCGGGUUCCCUCGUUAAUAAGCGAAAAAAGCAUUUUCUGGGUAUGCCUGCACCGGCAGGUUACGUUGCUGGUGUUGGCCGUGGUGCAACUGGUUUCACUACACGUUCAGAUAUCGGACCGGCCCGUGAUAGUACCGAUUUACCAGAAUUACCACCAGCUGGUCCGACAAAAAAGGCCCGUGAAGAUGAUGAUGAUAAAAAGGAUGAUAAUGAAGAUUUAAAUGAUUCGAACUAUGAUGAGUUCGAAGGUUAUGGUGGAAGCUUGUUCUCGAAAGAUCCUUAUGAUAAAGAUGACGAAGAAGCGGACGAAAUUUACAGUGCUGUUGAUUCUCGGAUUGAUGAACGUCGGAAAGAAUAUAGAGAAAAGAAGUAUAAAGAGGCAAUCGAAAAAUAUCGUAAAGAACGGCCUAAAAUUCAGCAAGAGUUUUCUGAUUUAAAACGUCAAUUGUCCAACGUGACGGAAGCGGAAUGGUCAGCAAUUCCAGAAGUUGGUGAUAUUCGAAAUAAAGCGAAACGUAAUCCACGAGCAGACAAGAUUACUCCCGUACCAGAUUCGAUAAUCGCAUCUGCAAUGUCAUAUGGUCAGAUGAAUACCCAAAUGGACAGUCGUAUUCAGUCAGGCUUGCUAACACCAAUGGGUUCAGGAAUUACCUCGACGUUUAGUGGAAUGACUUCUACCUAUGGCAGUGGUUUUAUGUCCACAUUAAGUGGUAUAAAAAGUGGCUUGUUAACACCGGGUUGGAAGACCGGAAUACAGUCCGGCUCUUCAUCAUCUGCAGAUCUUGAUUUACGAAAAAUUGGCCAGGCUAGAAAUGCAAUCAUGGAUAUCAAACUAAAUCAGGUUUCGGAUUCCGUUACGGGGCAAACAGUGGUAGAUCCAAAAGGUUACUUGACUGAUUUGCAAUCAAUGAUACCGCAAUAUGGUGGUGAUAUUAAUGACAUCAAAAAAGCUCGUUUGCUUUUAAAAUCAGUUCGAGAAACCAAUCCACGCCAUCCACCAGCAUGGAUCGCUUCAGCACGCCUGGAAGAAGUGGUUGGAAAAUUGCAGGUAGCCCGUAAUUUAAUCAUAGAAGGCUGUGAUCGAAAUCCAAAGAGCGAAGAUUUGUGGCUGGAAUCAGUUCGUUUACAUCCUCCGGAUACAGCGAAAGCUAUUGUGGCUGCUGCCGUACGUUCAUUACCAAAUUCGGUUCGUAUAUGGAUGAAAGCAGCUGAACUUGAGGAAGAUUUAAAAGCAAAGAAGAAGGUGUUUCGCAAGGCGUUGGAACAAAUUCCAACUUCAGUACGUUUAUGGAAAGCGGCGGUGGAACUGGAAGAACCGGAAGAUGCUAGAAUUUUGCUCACAAGAGCUGUAGAAUGCUGCAGCACUUCAACGGAACUGUGGCUAGCACUGGCACGUCUAGAAACGUAUGAAAAUGCACGCCGUGUUCUAAAUAGAGCGCGCGAGCAUAUCCCUACUGAACGACAAAUUUGGAUUAGCGCUGCAAGACUGGAAGAAACUCGAGGACAAAGUGAUAUGGUUGAUAGAAUUAUCGAAAGGGCUAUUACUUCCCUGAAAGCGAAUAUGGUUGAAAUUAAUCGUGAACACUGGCUGAAAGAUGCUGUUGAUGCCGAAAAGGCUAAUUGUAAACUCACUUCUCAAGCUAUAAUUUCACAUGUGCUUGGAAUUGGUGUUGAGGAAGAAGAUCGGAAGCAUACAUGGAUGGAAGAUGCAGAAUCGUUUGUUGCUCAAGAAGCAUAUGAGUGUGCCCGUGCAGUAUAUGCUCAUGCUUUACUCGUUUUUCCAACCAAGAAAGGUAUCUGGUUUGCUGCAGCACAUUUUGAACGAAACCAUGGUACAACAGAAAGUUACGAUCAGUUGUUGAAAAAAGCGGUGGAAAAGUGUCCAAAAGCGGAAACGUUGUGGUUAAUGUAUGCAAAAAGUAAAUGGUUAGCAGGUGAUGUAAAAGCAUCUCGUGAAAUCCUUGCAAGAGCUUUUCAGAAUAAUCCAAAUUCGGAAGAAAUUUGGAUGGCUGCUGUAAAGCUAGAAUCCGAAAACAAUGAAUUCCAAAGAGCUCGUAAAUUGUUAGAAAAAGCUCGAGAAAUCGCUCCUUCCCCACGCAUUUAUCUUAAAUCUGUUAGAUUAGAAUGGUGCUUGAAAGACUUGACUGCUGCUAAGAAGCUGUUGAUGGAAGCACUGGAACAAUUUCCAGAAACGCCGAAAUUAUAUCUUAUGAUGGGUCAAAUACUUCAGCAGGAAAAGAAUUAUAGUGAAGCGCGCCGAUAUUUUUCCAAUGGUGUCAAACAUUGUCCUACUUUUAUUCCACUUUGGAUCUGGUUGAGUCGUUUAGAAGAAUCACAAAAUCAGACAAUAAAAGCUAGGCUGGAAGCAAUACGAAUUGAAGCACGAGCUGGUUUGAAAGAACUUGCACAAGAAAGGUUGGCUCGAGCUUUGCAGGAAUGUGAACAUUCAGGACGUUUGUGGGCAGAAGCAAUUUUCAUGGAAGAACGUCACGGUCGACGUACGAAAUCAGUUGAUGCUCUGAAGAAAUGUGAACAUAGCGCCGAUGUUUUAUUAGCCGUAGCGAAAUUGUUUUGGACAGAACGGAAAAUCAGGAAAGCUCGUGAAUGGUUCCAACGAACUGUUAAAAUUGAUCCUGAUUUUGGAGAUGCUUGGGCAUUCUUUUACAAAUUCGAACUGUUACACGGUUCACAAGAAGAACAAGAUUUGGUGAAGAAAAAAUGCUUGCAAGCUGAGCCGCGUCACGGUGAACUGUGGCAAGAAGUGUCUAAGGAUGUGGAAAAUUGGCGUAAGCGAACGGACGAAAUUUUGGCUGAACUUGCUGAGAAACUAGAAAUACCAAGAUAG